GUCGAGGUCGGUAUGCUCGACGCUAGCUCAAUCCACUCCAUUUUCCCGUACCACAAAAUAAUAUCAAUCGCUAAUGCUCUCGGGGUGUGUGAUACAACCUCUCUGGAUAAAUUACACUGUGAUUAUGCCUGUGAAUGUCACUUUGUGAGUGAAAAUUGUCAUGGGAUACAAUGAAGAAUGUGUUAUACAAGUGCUAACAGUAUUUGUGAUGAAAGUUUUGUUCUUUAUUACCAGGAGAAAUUCUUGAAUAGCCAGUUUUUUUGUGUGUGCGAGGAUCAAAAGUGCUUUUGGAGUUAACGAUAAAUAACGGGAGUUUUAAAGUGAAUUUUUUUUUUCGGACCAGUGGAAAAGUAGCAGGUUAGGAUGUAUCCCAGUGCUGGCAUUAAUGCGGCAGCUGUGGCCGCGGCAGCUGCUGCACGGCACCCGGGACCACCGCAACCAGGUCAACCAUUCAAAUUCACGGUGGGUGAAUCGUGUGACAGGAUUAAGGAGGAAUUCAAUUUCCUGCAAGCGCAGUAUCACAAUAUGAAGCUGGAAUGCGAGAAGCUGGCGACAGAGAAGAUAGAAAUCCAGAGACACUACGUGAUGUACUACGAGAUGUCUUACGGACUGAAUGUUGAAAUGCAUAAACAGACGGAGAUAUCGAAGCGGCUGAACGCGAUAAUCGUUCAAAUUCUACCUUACUUAUCGCAAGACCAUCAGCAGCAAGUAUUGACAGCCGUUGACCGAGCGAAACAAGUAACAAUGACUGAGUUGAAUUCCAUAGUCGGGCAACAGAGACCCGACAUACCCAGGCUACUGCAACAGAUGCAUGCGCAGCAACUACCACCGGGUGCGGCGAUAGGACCGCAUCCCGGUUUACCCGGACUACCAGGACUCGGUCCUGCGGGUGGACUGCCAGUUCCCACAUCCGCAUCAGCGGCGCUUCUCGGACUCGGGCUGACCCCUGGCGCUGCCGGGACUCCAGGACCCACUGGGGCCCAUCCACUCUCGAUGCUUGGGAAACCGGAGCUUCAUCGGGGCCAGCCGGACGAUCUGAAGAGCAAUGGUGGUCUCAGCUCAACGGAAGAACGACACCGAAGUUCAAUAUCCCCAGCUGACAAAUACAGUAGACCCCGCACUCCCCAAGAAUCCCAUCAUGCCCAUCACUCGCAGAAUCAUCACGAUCACCCAAUGCACAUAAAGAAAAUGAAAAAAGAGCAGGACAAAGACGUAGGUCACAGCGACGGUGAAAAGAGUGAUCAAGAUCUUGUAGUGGAUGAUGCGAGUGAGGGGCCAACUAGUCCAGCUGUAAAUGGAACGUCAUCUCCUCGUGAGAAUGGUUUAGAUAAGGUCUCAUCAUUGAACUCCAAUAUCCAAGUGAAGAAAGACGCCCCGCCACACUCGCCGCGGAGUGGUACCAGCAGCAAUGCUAGUACACCGUCAGCUAAGAAAAUGGAGGAGAGGGAAAAACCAACGACACCGAUAUCGAAACCAAUGACACCGACAUCGGCGUCUGGUGGAGUGAAGACAACUAGUUCUGGUAAACUAUUGCAGGGACCUCCACCACCAGGUGUUGCUGGGGCAUAUCCACCGCAUUAUCCCCCAGGUCCACCGUCGCAUCAUAUGCCACCCGGUGGACUCCAUCCUCACGUCGACAUGAUGGCGUACAACGGGUAUGGAGCACCUCGGGGACCGCCCUCGCUUCAGCAACUGUAUGAUCCCCAUGGUGGCAUGAGGGCACCCGCGGGCUCUAUUGGAGUGCCUGGAGGCAAACCCGCUUACAGCUUCCACGUGCCAAGCGAGGGACAAAUGACACCAGUGCCAUUUCCCCCCGAUGCGUUGAUUGGCCCUGGAAUACCACGUCACGCACGUCAAAUAAACACUCUGACCCACGGUGAAGUUGUGUGUGCAGUGACUAUAUCAAACCCCACAAAAUACGUAUAUACAGGUGGCAAGGGAUGUGUAAAAGUUUGGGACAUUGGUCAGGGUGCGGGGGGAAGUGCAAAACCGGUAUCUCAGCUCGACUGCCUGCAGCGAGAUAACUACAUAAGAUCUGUCAAACUAUUGCCAGAUGGUAGGACUCUGAUUGUCGGGGGUGAAGCGAGUCAACUGAGCAUUUGGGAUCUGGCUAGUCCCACGCCGCGCAUCAAAGCUGAACUCACUUCUUCAGCGCCCGCCUGCUACGCCCUUGCCAUAUCACCAGACUCCAAGGUGUGCUUUAGCUGCUGCAGCGAUGGUCACAUUGCAGUUUGGGAUUUGCAGAAUCAAACACUUGUCCGGCAAUUCCAAGGGCACACUGACGGUGCAUCUUGCAUUGACAUAUCUGCUGACGGCUCCAAACUGUGGACAGGGGGACUCGAUAAUACGGUUAGAUCGUGGGAUCUCCGGGAGGGAAGACAACUCCAACAGCACGACUUCACAUCUCAGAUAUUCUCACUGGGAUAUUGUCCAACUGGCGAAUGGCUCGCUGUGGGAAUGGAAAAUUCUAAUGUCGAGGUGCUUCAUGCCACCAAACCCGACAAGUAUCAGCUGCAUCUUCAUGAAUCAUGUGUUCUUUCUUUGAGGUUCGCCUCUUGUGGCAAGUGGUUUGUCUCUACUGGUAAAGACAAUCUUCUCAAUGCCUGGCGCACACCCUACGGUGCCUCCAUAUUCCAGUCUAAGGAAUCAUCGUCAGUGUUGAGCUGUGACAUUUCAGCUGACGACAAGUACAUCGUUACCGGCUCAGGCGACAAGAAGGCCACCGUGUACGAGGUCAUUUACUAACGAGGGCACACAUACACACAUGUGACACCUGUGAAGCCUUUCUCAAUAGAGACACUUGAAAGUGUUAUAACCAGUGACAAACGAAAUAUUUGAUUCUCUGUAAAUACAGUUAUUACUUGGUAAUGUUAUCCCAUUGAUAUUGUUGUUGUUAUGAUUGUUGUUGCCGAAUGCGGAUACAUCAGAAGUUUAGUACCAUGUGAGUUUGACAAUUGAGGCGAUGUUAGUGUCACUCUUGGUGCAUAUUCACUUCGCAUUGGGUACGAAUUUUUUUCGUUCGCGAUACCGUUGGCCCCCGCAACAAACCUGCCCCCAUGGUAGAUAUCUAUGUUUAAGUUAACAUGAAUUUAUCAUUCGGAAUGAAUGAACGGGAAUUAUGAGUGUGAGAUGCGGCCGCGUGUAUGUGGGAGAGUAGAAAUUUUUUAAGUGAUAGACAUCGGGUCGUUACUUAUGUACACUUUGUAUAUAAUCGCGUUACACAUACUAUCAUAUUUUUAUACUUCGUCUACGGUCGAUUAACAAAUAGUGAGGGAAGCAACUGAUUUCAGUGGAAUAUUAUUUGUGUACAUAGAAUUUAUUGUCAAUCCCAUGUUGUAUAUUGUUAUAGACAAAUGGACGAAACAGGAAUGAUAAUUAGGAAUAAAAUGAAAUCAUGAGAA